AUGCAUUCCACCCUCACAACCCUCUUCUUCCUCUCCACGCCCAUCCACGCCGGCAUCACAGCCCGAGUCUGGACGCAUUUCUACCCUAACUGUCCCGGCGAACCCUUCUCCAACCUGGACACAUACGAAAACUACGAAGAAACCGCCCCCUCCCAAUUAAUUACGACAGGCAUGUGCGCCAACAUCGGCGUCCCCUCCUACGAACACAACCUCGUCAGCGCAAUCUCCGUAGACGCAGAGCUCCUCUCCCAAGAACCGGGCCAUCCCUAUCCACCACAGACAGGACCAACCUGCAACAUCACCGUGCACGAAGUACCCGAGUGCGAGGAUCCACCCCUCAUCAACAAAGAACUCCGCCAAGGCGUCGAAGUAAGCCAAUGCGAGCCGCGCUCUUUCGCGGCAUACAGCGAAGUAUGGCUGCAACUUGUCUGCGACGACAAGAAUGAGGAGUCAUUGUCAGACCAGGGGGAGGAUAUCCCGCGGAUUGAGGGGACGGUGAACCUUGAGAAUGCGGAUAGCGCGGCGAAUGUGCAGACGCCCGGGUCGAAUUCGUUGUCGUGGUCGAAGGCUCAGACGGGGUCUUCGGGGCGGAAUCCUGAGGAGGAGGGGCGUGUGAAUAAUGAUGGGCAUGCGGAGAGCGAGAAGAUUGUGCAUGAUAUUAUGGAGAAGAUUCAGCAUCAGGCUGCUAGUAUGGUUACUGGGAAGCAUAAUGCGACCCAGCCUGCGUUGAAUGCGACUCUGCAUCAUGGGAAUGGGACUGCGGCUGGGAACAGGACUCUGUCGAGGAGAAAGUUGUCUGUCUUGCGCAAUCGCGUGGCUCGAUUGUGGUGA